AAUGCUUCAUCUCUCUUUUAUUUAUUUCUUUGGUUUUUGCUUUGUGGGAAUAAGAAAGAAAGGAGAAGAAAUGGGAGCUCUUGAUUAUUUUUCCAAUUUUUGCAUUGUCACACCAACAAGAACCAAACACAAACCAAUGCAGACAGUUGAGAUCAAAGUGAAGAUGGACUGUGAUGGAUGUGAAAGAAGAGUUAGAAAUGCUGUCACUUCCAUGAAAGGAGUAAAGUCAGUUGAAGUGAUGAGAAAGCAACAUAGAGUGAGGGUUAUUGGUAAUGUUGAUGCAAACAAAGUGCUAAAAAGAGUAAAAAGCACUGGAAAAAGAGCUGAAUUUUGGCCUUACAUUCCUCAACAUCUUGUUCAUCAUCCUUAUGCUUUUGGUGCUUAUGAUAAGAAAGCUCCUUCUGGCUUUGUUAGAAAUGUUGUUCAAGCUUUUCCAACUCCCCAUGAAGAAAACUACGUCUCUUUUUUUAGUGAUGACAACGUUCAUGCUUGUUCCAUCAUGUAGCAAACUUUAAUUUAUGAUCACCUUUUUUCUGUCUCUCUUUCGUGCUUGAUCUCCAUCGAGAUCUCAUGCAAUCCUUUUUGUUGAACGUAACCUUUAGAGUGGAGAUAAAAAAUUUGAAUCACUUUAGUGAGAUCAACUUUAAAGAAAUCAACUCAUAGGGAUUUUGUUAACUGAGUUGAUGAAAUUAAAUCCAUCUUUUUAUCUCUUUAUGUAAAAUUGUUUUUCUAGUGUUCGUGUGUAUGAAAUGAAAUAAUGCGAUUAAUGAAAAAGGUAUUGGUUGUUCAUUA